AUCAUUGAAGUCGGUAUACAGUACAUCAAAUUUCCACCCAAUUUCUCCAAAUCCCGUUCCUAUUUCUCCUCGCCUUUGCCAUCUUCAUUCUUCAGCAUAAAUUCCAUUUCCCCUCAAAUCUAGCUGCCCCCACAAAACACGCACCUAUACAUACAGUCCGAAUUUGUAAUGAAUCGGAAGAGGACCGAGAGUCCGGUCUACGCCCGCCAGUGGAGCGGCGGAUCCAGCAGCACCGGUUCCUCCUCGCCUGUCGGCUCUCCGGCUCACCCCCGCUCCAGGCUCCCCCCUUCCGCCGCCGGGAUGUCCACCAUCAAGCGGACUCAGAACGUCGCCGCAAAGGCCGCGGCGCAGCGCCUGGCGCUCGUCAUGGCGUCCAAGACCCCCAAUGACGACGAUGAUGAUGAAGACGAUGACCUCGGCUUCCGCUUUGCUGCUCCACCGGCGCCGAUGUCGGCUUCCAGUAAUAUUGGUGUUAAUCGGAGUGACAGUGGGAGUAAUGGCGGCGGCUUCUCCGGAAUUUCGCUUACCAGGCCUAAUAGAUCUCCGUCGCCUUCGUUAGGUCGGAAUUUUAUGGACAUCAAUCCUCCUGUUCGUUCGACAUCAGCUGGAAGAUCUUCAAUGUCUGUCCGUACAGGAACAAAUACAGUGGCACCACCAAGUAGAUCCUCUUUGAAAACUCCAGUUGCCAUACCUCCAAUUGAACCCCCUAGUAGCAGGUUAAGAGAAAAGAGAUUUGUACCUGAUAUAGGCCGUGACCUGAAAGGUUCUGAAAAUCAGCUAGAGGCUUCUGCACUUCGUGAUGAACUUGAUAUGUUGCAAGAGGAGAAUGAAGUAAUCUUAGAUAAGCUUCGUCACGCGGAUGAAAAGCGUGAAGAAGCAGAGGCUAGAGCCAGAGAGUUAGAGAAACAGGUAGCUUCCCUGGGGGAAGGUGUAUCCUUGGAAGCUAAACUAUUAAGCCGGAAGGAAGCAGCUCUUCAAAAAAGAGAGGCUGCUUUGAAAGCAGCAAAACAGACAAAAGACGCAAGGGAUGGAGAGCUUGCAGGUCUCCGUGCCGAACUUGAGAACGUGAAAGAGGAGACUGCCACUGUUGUAGAACAGCUCCAUGAAGCUGAAUCUGAAGCAAAUGCUCUCAAAACAAUGACACAAAGGAUGAUUUUGACACAUGAGGAGAUGGAAGAAGUUGUUCUGAAGAGAUGUUGGCUUGCUCGUUAUUGGGGUUUAGCUUCAAAUUAUGGUAUAUGUGCAGAUAUAGCUGUUUCCAAGCAUGAGCACUGGUCAUCUCUAGCUCCACUGCCCUUUGAGGUUGUUAUAUCAGCUGGACAGAAGGCGAAAGAGGAUUCCUGGGAUGGUGGGGAUGAUUCAGAUCGAAGCAAACUUGCUCGAGAUUUGAAUGAUCUAACUGGGGAAGGAAAUAUAGAGAGCAUGCUUUCUGUUGAGAUGGGUCUAAGGGAAUUAGCCUCGUUAAAGGUUGAGGAUGCUGUUGUGCUGAUGAUGGCACAGAAAAGACAAUCAGCCUUAGUUCGCCAAUCUCUCUCAGAUCCUAAAUCAUCUGGUGAUCCCAAGUACAUGGAAGCAUUCGAGUUGAGUGAAGAGGAAUGCGAUGAUGUUCUUUUCAAAGAGGCUUGGCUUACAUAUUUCUGGAGAAGGGCAAAAGUGCAUGAUGUUGAGGAAGAUAUUGCGGAAGAGAGACUUCAGUUAUGGAUAAGUCGGAGUGGGAAAACCCCAACGUCACAUGAUGCUGUUGACGUUGAAAGAGGUCUAAUAGAGCUGAGGAAGUUGGGAAUUGAACAGCAACUGUGGGAGGCAUCUAGGAAGGAAAUUGGACAACCUUCGUUAGCCAAUGGCAGUCAUCCUCAUGAAUCAGAUGCCUAAUCGGUAUGCUAUUAGAUGUGUAUGUUCUCCCAAAAUACAUUUGUUUUCUUUUUUUUACUUUUUUUGUGUAUCUACAGAUUUUCGUAUACAUAUAUUGGUAGUUUGUGUUGGCCUUAGGAAUUUAAAACCAAAGGUUUUUAAGUUGAGAAGUUGUAAAGCCAUUUGUAUCAUAUAGAAUUUCAUUGGUUGAAUUGAGAAUGAGGCCGAAAGCGUUGUAUUUGAAUGUUAUUGAUUUCCAACUUAAAGGAGCUAGACUUUGUGAA